AUGGGCGCCGCCAGGACGCCGCUCCUCGCGCUCGCCGUCGUUCUGCUCCUUGCCGCCGCCAUGACCGUCGGCGGCCACGAGCACGCGCUCGCGCGCCUGGCUGAUGGUCAUCCCACCGCUGAGCGGCACAAAAGCAUUGCUGCUGAUGUUCUGUGGUGA